CCUUUAAUUCUUGAAACUCUGCUUGAUAUCUAGAUUGCUUUCGUGACAACUAAUUGUCAAAAAUUAUAAAAAAACUGUAAUUUCGUAUUUUGACUCUAUUGCUUUUAAAUAAUACAUAAUAAUACUCAAAAUGAUUGGAGAUUACGAUAUACAAGAUGCCGAGGAACGUAAGAUGGUUUCUGACACCCAAAUACCUGCCUAUGAAUCCGAAUUUAUGAAUGCUAAAAUGUUCUUGCAAUUAGCAAGUACUAAUACAGGGGAUAAUUUGUAUGAUCACUUAUGUGAAACUUUAAAUAAAAUAUUAGCUGAAAGACCGUUAAAUGUUAUCGAUUUCUUCGAAGAGUACAGCAGAAGAAUAAAAGAGAAACGAUAUAAACCACAAACCGAUCAUCUCGAAGAUAUUUAUAUACCUCCUUCGAGUUUUGCGUUAGCGAAUACAAUCAUACCAAUGUUAAAGCCCCUGCCACCUGGUGAGCCAUCAACUGUCGAUCCUGCAGAUUUGGAAGUUGCUGAUAUGUCUCAAAAUAAUAUGUUACAGCUUCUUUAUUACUUUGAGCAUUGUGGUCUAGGACUACCAAGACCAGAAAUGUUCUACAUAAUGCUUUCGAUGAGGAAAUUAAUUUACAAAGAGCCCAUCUCUUCAAUUAGGUUCUGGGGAAGAAUAUUUGGAACGCUCAAAAAUUACAAUAUUGUAGAAUGUGAACUCAAGAAUGAAGAAUAUAUUAAAAGAAACGAGACAUACCAACUACUACAACUGGAUGAAGUUAAACACCAUGACGAAGAAAAUGAAGAAUUAUUAGAAGAAAACAGAAUUAGAAAGGCAUUAGAUGAAAUAGCUAGAGUACAACAAUUUGGCGGUGAAGGUUCUAAAUAUCCACGACAGCUACCUCCUGAACCAAAAUCAUUAUAUGAAGAACUUCCUGAACCUCCAUCGGAACCAUCCGGAGUUGGUUUGAACAGAAUGGUUUAUUACGUCAGUACCGGCAUUGAAGAGCCUUGGUGUCAACUUCCAGACGUUACUCCAAAACAAAUCAGAACAUGUCGACAAGUUUACAAGUCGUUUACGGGAAAUUUAGAAGAACCCGUCUUGACAUAUCCUGAAUUUCCCGGAAAAGAAAAAGAAUAUUUACGGGCUCAAAUUGCAAGAAUCACUUCCGGAACACAAAUAUCUCCGCUUGGUUACUUCACGUUUGGAGAAGAAGAACUAGGAGAAGGGGCGGGUGACGAAGAGGCAGAGGAAGAAGCUGAAGAAGUACCGGAGCCAUCAAAAACAGCAUUCAUAAAAAAUUCCAAAUAUGAACCGCCUCCUCUAAAAGAUUUAUUGGACCCUUCUAUGUCGUUUUGGGUUCAUCAUACUCCCUUCAUCCUACCUCAAGGACGAACCACUUGGUGGAAUCCAUAUCCAUUGCCCGAGGGUCUCGGAGAAGGCGCAGAUGAAGAAUCAAAGUUAGGAGAAGCGGAAGAGGAAGAAGUAGAUGAUUAUGACCUUAAGAAAGGUAGACUCUCGAUAGAACCUGAAACAGGCCCUCCUCUGCUCACUCCACUCUCCGAAGAUGCAGCCGUGGAGGCAGUACCACCUUGGAGUGUAAGGUGUUCUUCCAACAUAAUGGAUGAUUUUGCUAUUGCUGUAGUUAGAUCUAACUUAUGGCCUGGUGCCUAUUGCUUUUCAACUCAAGGAAAACUUUUUCAAAAUAUUUAUUUGGGUUUUGGUUUAAAAUACAUGGAGCACAAUUUUUCUCCUAUGCCACUACCACCAGUACAACAGGAAUAUCCCACUGGAGCAGAAAUUAUGGAAAUAGCUGAUCCAACUGGAGCUGAGGAGGAAAAAUGGCGCGUUGAUCAUCUACCGAAACCACAAGAAGAAUUACCAGUAAUUGGUGAAGAACUCGGAGAAGGAGAAGAAGAGGAAGAGGAAGAAAUGGAAUACGAUGACUAGAAAGUAUUGAAGAUGUCAGUUUUAAAUAUGGUCGCUCGGUAUGUUUUGACUGUUUACUAGUUUAUAUUUUUUAUAGUUUGUAAUUGUCAAUAUGUAUAAACAAAUAAAAAUGUUUUAUUUUC